GUCACAAUGACGGGAUAUUAUGAGCGUGAAGCUAGCUAUGCCUCUGUUCGCCUAACAGCCAAGAAUUACCGUGGAGGUCCUCCCUUGUCUAUCGUGAACGGCAAGAGUAUCCGCCAGAGGAGUGACAGUGGUGGUAGUACUAGCAGGAGUAUCGACGAAACAGCAGAAGAAGAAACAAUGAGUGGCCAGAAGAAUGAUAAUACGGGGAUCUUUGAUGAUCCCAUUAGCUCGAGCGACGAAAGUGAUCAGCCUGCUGCGCGUGGGUCGGAGGACGAGGACGAAGAGGAAAAGGAGGAGACACGCCAGAAAGAGGGUAUAAAACCGACGCAAUUUCAAUCUCGAGCUCGAUCUCAAUCACAACCCUACUCCCAAUCCCAGCCAUCUCGCACACCCCGAUCGACAGAUCCCGAUUUGGAGGAUACCUUUGGAGCGUUCUCGCAGCAAAGAAAGAGGCGGAACAACUAUACCAAAAGUGGGAACAUUCACGGCAGCAGCAGCAACCCUUUUCCAUCUCAAAAAAGGGCCCGAGACAGUCAGCAGGAGACGGACUAUAAUACUAAUGGGUCGAAGAGGAGGAAACUGGACGAUGCAAAAGCCGACAGCAGUAAAGGUUUCCGUCUUCCCAAGGACCGAGAAAUACUGAGUCCAGUCAAGGCUCCAAGGAAAGACGACGUCGUGGACGCCAACCCGGCACCUGGUUUUCGCAUGCCAGCUAUUUUUGACGACGACAGCGUGUUGGACCGGAUGCCGUCAGAUCCUACUAAAAUAUUUAAAGAGCCUCGCUCGCAGCCCAGUGGGAGCACGAUCAGCUCAUCGCUUGCGUCCAAGGAUGCUAUAUUUGACGAGGUCCAUCCUGUCAGUUCGCCUCUUUCGGAUAUAUCUCUGUCUGCUUUCCCUGGUGAAAUAUCACUUUUAAAGACCAAGGAAGAACCAGAAGUAGAAGAGCUUGCAGAGUCUCUUUGCCCCAAUUGCAGUGCUCCUGUGGAUGCAGAUCUCCUAGAUGAAUUCUUAGCACUGCCAAACCGUCGACUCAGAGACGAGCGCCGAUUCUGCGAACGCCACCAACAGCAUAAAGCUGAAAAGGAGUGGACUGAGAAGGGAUACCCUGUAAUCGAUUGGGAGGCAUUUGAGCUACGCAUCCAACAGUACUUUCCAACACUCGAUAAACAACUCGUGCCACAGAACACUUCGUUUUUUCGAGGGCGACUCGAGAGCGCGUUGAAAUCGGGCCAGGCCAAGAACUUUCGUCUGACAUUGGAAGGGGACAACUUGGAGAAUAUGUCUUGUGGCUACUAUGGUCCAAAGGGAGCCAGUAGAAUGUUGACUGCUGUGACUUCAAAGUUCUCUCGCAGACUACGUCAGCUUGCUUCCAUGGACAACAUCCUCAAGACCGCCGGCCCUGCAGCGUAUGCCCAAGCAGUCCUCGUUCCCGAGUUAGCUGUCCUCCUGAUCAAGCAAGACAUGAACGUCGAUAGCCAAGAGGCUCGACAAAUUCUCCGCGAUAGUACAGAGAUUGGCAAUCGGCUGAAUGCAGCUGAAAAUGACACGAUCGACACUCUCAACAUGCCUCUCUCGGAGACGACUCCGCUCCUGGUCGUCCAGACGGCUCCCGCGCGACACCGCUAUCCGCACCAUGCCCUGCGUCGCUCAUGCACUCUGCUUCUAGGACUCGUCUUGUUCGUUGCUGUGUGUCUGUUUCUUUUCCCAACCGGUCUGGAAUCUCCCUGGCCGUAUACGCCAUGGGCUCGUCCUUACCCAGAGUCCUGGCCUCACGGUAGCGGACUUGGUUAUAGCGACCUGCAAGCUCUCUUGCAAGAGACUCCCAAAGCAGAGAAAAUCGAAGAGUGGAGCAAAUAUUACACCUCGGGGCCUCAUCUCGCUGGACGAAACUUUAGUCAGGUGCUCUGGACGCAGCAGCAAUGGAAGGAGUUUGGCGUGGAAGAUACCACCAUUGCCUCGUACGAUGUGUAUAUCAACUACCCGCAGGACCACCGCCUCGCUCUUUUGAAACAGCGGGGCGAUGACUACGAUGUUACUUUUGAGGCGACUUUGGAAGAAGAUAUCUUGGAGGAAGAUGGCACCAGCGGUCUAGCCGAUCGUGUUCCUACUUUCCACGGUUACUCGGCCAGCGGAAAUGUCACGGCUCCGUAUGUCUAUGCCAAUUUUGGAACGUACAAGGACUAUGAGGAUCUGCUUGCGGCAGGUAUUUCUAUCAAGGGCAAGAUCGUCCUUGUCAAGUACGGAGGCAUCUUCCGUGGUCUAAAAGUUAAACGCGCACAAGAACUAGGUGCAGUGGGCGUGGUUAUUUACACUGAUCCUCAAGAGGAUGGGGAAAUCACCGAGUUGAAUGGCUACAAAGCCUAUCCUGAUGGGCCUGCUCGAAACCCUUCUGCGGUUCAAAGAGGCAGUGUCCAAUUUUUAAGUAUUGCUCCUGGCGAUCCAACAACACCUGGAUACGCCUCUAAACCCGGUGUUGAACGGCAGGAUCCGGAGAACGCCAUUCCAUCCAUCCCUUCUCUCCCAAUCUCCUACACAGAAGCUCUUCCGCUUCUCAAAGCACUGAAUGGACAUGGCCCGAACGCAACCCAUUUUAACAAGUAUUGGCAAGGCGGCGGCCUAGCCCAUAAGGGUGUAGAGUAUAACGUCGGACCGACUCCUGACGACGUGGUGAUCAACUUGUACAACCAGCAAGAAUAUGUGACAACUCCGCUAUGGAAUGUCAUUGGUGUCAUCAAAGGUUCUAUCCCAGAUGAAGUGGUGAUCCUGGGCAACCACCGUGAUGCCUGGAUCGCGGGCGGUGCGGGCGACCCCAACAGUGGCUCGGCGGCUCUCAACGAAGUUAUAAGGAGCUUUGGUGAAGCUCUCAAGGCAGGAUGGAAGCCGCUCCGCACGAUCGUCUUUGCGAGCUGGGACGGUGAAGAAUAUGGCCUGGUCGGGUCUACCGAGUGGGUGGAGGAAAAGCUGCCUUGGCUUUCCAAGACAAACGUUGUAUACCUCAAUGUCGACGUUGCAGCAAGCGGUCCGAACUUUGAUGUUAGUGCCAGUCCGCUCCUCAACAAAGCUAUCUAUGAGGUGACGGGUCUGGUGCAAUCUCCCAACCAAACGAUCAAGGGCCAGACAAUUCGGGACACGUGGGAUGGCUAUAUUUCCACAAUGGGAAGCGGCAGUGAUUUCACGGCCUUUCAGGACUUUGCCGGUGUUGCAAGCCUAUCACUUGGGUUUUCACCGGGGCCCAGUGACCCUGUUUAUCACUACCACUCCAACUACGACAGCUUUGACUGGAUGAAGCGGUUCGGCGACCCCGACUGGAAGUACCAUAUCGCGACAGCCAGACUGUUCUCCUUGCUAGCAGCGUACUUUUCAGAACAGCCAGUUUUGGGUUUGAAUGUGACCGACUACGCAGUCGGUCUCCAAACCUAUCUUGACCGCAUCAAGCCACACGCCGAAAGCCUUCCCAAGGACACACACUUCAAAUUUGCGCCCUUGGAAAAUUCCAUCUCCGAUUUGCACAAUGUGGCAACUUCAUUUGACGCACACGCCGCAGACUUGAAAUCACAUCUCGGCGACGACAUCCCCUGGUACCACUGGUGGAAAAAGGCCAAGCUUUUCUUCCAGAUCCGGGCCGUCAACCAAAAAUACAAGUUUAUCGAACGCAAGUUUUUGUAUCAGCCUGGCCUGGACGGACGCAACUGGUUCAAGCACGUCGUGUUUGCGCCGGGUCUAUGGACGGGUUACUCUGGAGCUACAUAUCCGGGGUUGGUGGAGAGUUUUGAUGCGGGUAAUGUGACGAAUGCAGUGAGAUGGAGCGAGAUUAUUCAAGAGCAGAUUGGACUAGCGGUUGAAUCCCUCCAGUAG